UACUCUAACCAACGAGCAGUUUUCAGCCACUAUAACAAAUUACAAAUCCCACAGUUCCGUUGGAGCGACAGGGAGGUUGAACGGAUUUUCCUGUCUGUGGUUGCGGCGAUGAAGAGACGCAGAUCCCGGGGCUGAGAGAGUGCUGGUAGUCCCGGAUAUAAGACGGACGAUGGAACCAGAGGCGGUGUUGCAAGAGAAGGCUUUAAAAUUUAUGUGCUCUGUGCCCAGGUCUCUGUGGUUGAGUUGCUCUAGCCUGGCGGACAGCAUGCCUUCGCUGCGAUGCCUGCACACCCCAGGGACCGGCACACUGACAGCUUUCCAGAGUUCUGAUGAGAGAGAAGAUUGUCAUAAUGAGGAGCCCCCUAGGAAGAUUAUCCCAGAGAAGAAUGUGUACAGACAGACUAAACUUGCUAAUGGAACAUCCAGCAUGAUCGUCCCCAAGCAGAGGAAGCUGUCUGCCAACUAUGAGAAGGAGAAGGAGCUCUGUGUGAAGUAUUUUGACCAGUGGUCAGAGAGUGACCAAGUGGAGUUCGUCGAGCAGCUCAUUUCCCGGAUGUGUCAUUACCAGCACGGACACAUCAAUUCUUACUUGAAGCCCAUGUUACAGAGGGACUUCAUCACUGCACUACCAGCUCGGGGUCUGGAUCACAUUGCAGAGAAUAUCUUGUCCUACCUGGAUGCCCAAUCUCUCUGUGCGGCCGAGUUGGUUUGUAAAGAGUGGUACAGAGUGACAUCAGAUGGCAUGCUGUGGAAGAAACUGAUUGAGAGGAUGGUCAGGACAGACUCUCUGUGGAGGGGAUUGGCAGAGAGAAGAGGAUGGGGCCAGUAUCUGUUUAAAAAGAAGCCGCAAGAUGGGAAGACCCCACCCAACUCAUUCUACAGAGCACUUUAUCCCAAAAUUAUACAGGACAUAGAGACAAUAGAGUCAAACUGGCGUUGUGGAAAGCACAGCUUACAACGAAUCCACUGCCGAAGUGAAACCAGCAAAGGGGUAUACUGCCUGCAGUAUGACGAUCAGAAGAUUGUGAGUGGUCUUCGAGACAACACUAUAAAGAUUUGGGAUAAGAACACGUUGGAAUGCAAACAAGUUCUUACAGGACACACAGGCUCUGUGUUGUGUCUGCAGUACGACGAGAGAGUCAUUGUCACUGGAUCUUCAGACUCCACUGUCAGAGUGUGGAAUGUGAACACAGGCGAGAUGUUAAAUACAUUAAUUCAUCACUGUGAGGCGGUGUUGCAUCUGCGCUUCAGCAAUGGCAUGAUGGUGACCUGUUCAAAAGACCGCUCAAUUGCAGUGUGGGACAUGGCUUCCCCCUCAGACAUUACUCUCCGGAGGGUGCUGGUGGGGCAUCGGGCAGCAGUCAAUGUUGUUGAUUUCGAUGAUAAAUAUAUAGUGUCUGCCUCGGGAGAUAGAACUAUUAAGGUGUGGAAUAGCGGUACAUGUGAGUUUGUUCGGACCCUAAACGGACAUAAACGUGGUAUCGCCUGUUUACAAUACAGAGACAGACUUGUAGUCAGUGGAUCCUCUGAUAACACAAUCAGAUUGUGGGACAUUGAGUGUGGAGCUUGCUUACGAGUCCUCGAGGGUCAUGAAGAGCUGGUACGAUGUAUUCGCUUUGAUAACAAGAGGAUAGUCAGUGGGGCUUACGAUGGAAAAAUCAAAGUUUGGGAUCUGGUUGCUGCCUUGGACCCCCGAGCGCCUGCAGGCACUCUGUGUCUGCGCACUCUUGUGGAGCAUUCAGGAAGGGUGUUCAGGCUGCAGUUUGACGAGUUCCAGAUAGUCAGCAGCUCUCAUGAUGACACAAUCCUAAUGUGGGAUUUCUUGAAUGACCCAGACACACAGGCAGAGUCCUCGUGCUCCCCCUCCCGGACAUACACCUACAUCUCAAGAUAAAUGAUCAGCGCUACCCCGUACCUCCUAACUGCACAGGACUCCUUGCGCUAUGGUAUUUAGAUAGUAUUGAAAUGCCAGAUACUGUCAACUCAACCAGGUCUAACCUGAGGAAGAGGUUUUCACCCCAGCAGGCAAAUCAGCUUGGGACUACGUGGACUGAAGGAUUUCUAAAAGUGCUGCUAAUGAGAAAUUUCUGUGUCCCAGAACAUGAGAAGAAUUUUUGGUCUUUUGAAAGUGUCAGCCCCCACUUCCCAGAGUGUCAUGUAUGAAUAAUAUUUAUUGUGUAAAAUCUGCAGCUUUUCCAUAACUGACCAGCAUGGGCAUUCUCAUCUUUUAAAGGGUGAGGUUACAGAAGUAGUAUAGUCCCAUCUUUUUGUUGAAGUGAUGCACAUUAAGCAUGUUAUGUGUGGGUGUUUUACCAGCCACCCAUGCACCAGCGAUAAUGAUAAAUCAUGUCAUUUUUGCUUGUGUAAUACACUACUAAAGUCCACUGUUUUUAUAAUGCAUUAAAAAACAAAUAUAUAUAUAUAUAUAUAUAUAUAUAUAGAUUAUAAUUUAAUAGGCUUUUCUUUCCUUUACCCAUUCAAUGUGAUCCCACAACAAAGAACAUGAGUGAAAGGCACAUUCAGACUCAUGUCCUGUAUUCUAGGAUGUUCCCAUGUGUUAAACAGGUUAAAAAUGGCUUAAUCUGAGUCAAAGUCAAUGUAAAGUCUGGAAAACAAAUUUCAACAGCAAACCAAUAAGGGGGAGUUCCAAUUCUUUGCCAGUGUGAUGUAUGAAUAUAUUGUAGAAUAUACAGUGUGUACAUUUGUUUUGUGCUUAGUCAUGGUUUAGUAAUGGCUUAUGAAACUUGAGAUUCCUCGAUUUGAAACGCACAACGCAUACACUCAAAGCCAUGCUUUACAUCCUUUACUACCUUAUUCUCCUCCUUCACCCUGUCUGCCUAAUACACAAUAUAUAUUUAGAUAUGUAUAUUUAUUUAUAAUUGUUUGCACACCAUAAUUAACUGGGAACAAACCAGCUUGUAUAGACUAGCAUGGGAGCAUACCUAAUUUCACACAGAAGUUCUGCUGGUUUGGACUGCAGUGUGAGUAAUGAAAUUAAAUUUAAUAGUGAAACGGAGCAUCUCCAAUUUCUGUUGUCAGAGAGCCGUCUGCCUUUCGAGUUGUAUUGCCCCUUGCGUUUCCCUUAAUCCCCAUACUGAGCAGUUCAAGUAAAUGGCUCUUAGUGUUAAUCCCUUUGCUGCAGAUUUUUUCUUUUUGAUUCCACUACAUUAUAUGGGUCAUUUUCCUAGAAAUGUAAAAUGUGUUUUGUGCUUGUCUGGUCAGUUGCCAAAAUGAACAAUUGUGAAGGUGGAUCAGUGACAUGCUUAUCUGUAAAAGUGGACUUGGUAUUUAAAUAUUGGAAGAGACCUAAAGCUAUUGGUAUAUUUUUUAAAAGUGCAUGGAAAUGUCAAUAAUUAGCACCCUGGGUUUUAGAACUGUACUUUAUUUAUUAACUUUUGUAAAAAUGUAAUGUAAAAAAAAAAAAAAAAUGCAACAGUUAAAUCAAUUGUAAUUUGUUUUCUGCAGAGUUGGCCAACAUGUAUAUAAUAAAAAAAGAAAGUGAAUAACUUUGGUUUAAAUGUUGUCUUAAAAUACACCACUUUAUUAAUUACAUAUUGUCAAAUUAAAAGCUUUUUAAUGCUUUAUCUUCCCAAAAAGUGAAAAAAGAAUUGGUGGUUGAGAGAACUAAGAACAUCUUUGGUACGUAAGACAAUACUGUAUAGAAAUAAGUCAAUUUAUUUUUAACAAUGCAUUUUAAUUUCUGGUAGCUGAGAGUUCAACAUGAAUCAUAAAACAAAAUCUGACAAAGCAUCUGUUUACCAAGUUGAACCUGUUUUUGUAUAGUGAUCUAAAAAUGUAGGUGGGAGCUGGGCAUAUGGUAAAUUUGAAAAUGCGAAUUAUUUGUAAAUUUAAAAAAGUUACAUAUUUAUUAUAUAACAUCAUAAUAUAAUUGCAUACUUUAAUAAGAAUUAUGUGUUAUAAGAAAAGCAUCAUCUGGAUUUAAAGUAGUAAUGUGAAUAAUAGUACAAACAGUGGGAGCUGUAUUAUACAAUAAGUAAUAUACAUUCAGUGGGUGGGAAACUUUUUAUUUGGAUUAAUCUUAAUUUAAUUUCAAUUGCUUUUGGGGGGUGGGGGGGUUACCCAUGGAAAAGGGAUUCUGUAAUGUAUUUAAGGCUCUACCUUAAAAUGUUUGAGUUGGUCUAAAGCUGGGAUCUCCAACCCUGGUCCUGGAGAGCUACUGUGCCUGCUGGUUUUCAUUUCAACCAAUCUGUUACUUAAUUGAACCAAUUAUUGGCUUAAUUAGUCAAGAUUAACAUGUGUUCCAGAUCUUUAGCCACUGGUCUAAGGGGUGCAAUGUAUCCCUGUUUUAGCCAAUGAAAAGACUUGAAAAAGGGUUACUCUGUCUUUGUAAGUUUACUAUAUUUGUUCUAUAGGUACUCCAGUAAAUGAGUGCUAUCAAUUGUGUGAUUUUGUUUAAGGUAGUGAUGUGUAGUUAAUGUACUAAUAUGUUCAUAAAAUGUUUUUUAACUGUCGGUAAAGAGUAACAAAAUAUAAAAUGAAACUUG